CGUCGAGAGAUUCUUGACAGGUUUGAUGAAAUCUUGAUUGAAAAGUAUCCCUUGGAGAGCAAUGAUGGCUCUCACUGAACUCCCACAUGGAGGGGAUGGAUUUUGCAACGUGAAGGCCACUCAUUCGAUCUCGUCACGCCAAAUUCAGUGGAAUCUUGGAGGUAGAAGGAUUGCCUGAUUAUUCGGUUGAUUUCGUCAGCCAUGUCGUGGCAGAGUUACAUCGACGAGCACUUGAUGUGCGAUGUGGACAGCGCUCGUCUCACUUCCGCAGCUAUCAUUGGCCUCGACGGCAAUGUUUGGGCUCGGAGCAAUUCCUUCCCUCAGCUCAACCCCGAGGAAAUCGCAAACAUUGUCAAGGAAUUCGACGAGCCCGGAUUUCUUGCCCCGACUGGAUUGUUCAUUGGAGGUGCAAAGUACAUGGUCAUUCAAGGAGAGCCCGGCGCCGUCAUCCGUGGCAAGAAGGGAUCGGGCGGUGUGACGUUAAAGAAAACAGGGCAGGCUGUGAUAUUCGGGAUCUACAAUGAGCCGAUGGCGCCGGGACAGUGCAACAUGGUGGUGGAGAAGCUGGGAGACUACCUAAUAGAUCAGGGGCUGUAGAAUAUAUAUAUAUAUAUCCGCCAUUGUUGCCUGGUAUGGUUUGUGUUUUGUGCUUUUUGCAGGGACGACUGGAGACAAUAAUUCAUUAAAAGUUCAUGUGGGGGAUGGAGAUUGCUUUGUCCAUAGGAUUCUUUCUUUGGUUUGAUUUGAUUUGAUUUGUAAUAAUGGUUUGUGUUGGUGAUAUAUGGUCUUUGCUUAUUCUAUAAUUUUAAAUUUUUU